UUGCUGUGACAGAAAAUGUCUCUCUACGAAGGAAGAAGUCGUUCAGGACAAGCCAGUGCACUGUAGACUCGGUGAAUACUUUGCGUAUUCGCGCUGCGCCACAUGGGCUUCCGUAGCUGGCGACUGAGGAAUAAUGGCUGUUUGGUUAUGGCUGCGCUGCGUAAUCGGGCCCAGUCUGCACCGGAUCCAUCGGCCCCAGGACUACCCCCGACCCGAGAGCAGAGCAGGAAGAAGGGGUUGGGAUUACCAUCCACGAGGCUUGGAAAGACACACUGACAGUAUCCUUAGCUGGGCUUCAGUGCUGUGGUCCCUCUCCUAUUACAGCUCUCCUCUCAUUCUCAGCUAUCUCUACAGGAAAGGUUAUAUUUGUAGCACUAAGCUCAUCCCUAUCAGCCAGUACAUUGGCACGGUACUGGUGUGUUUACUGGGAGUCGCGUGUCUGAGAGGCUGGGGUCGCUGGAGAAACCCCGAGUAUCACCAGUUCAUCACCAUUCUGGAGGAGACCAAGAAGAACCACACAAGCAGCAACAAGAAAAAACUCGCCAGCUACGACUUCGACUUCUCGCACUGGCCGGCGGAUUUCAGCUGGACGGAAUUCAGCAAUCCGAAGUUGUCGAAGGCAGGAGUGUCUUUGCUGAAGCCAGAGCCCAAACACAGAGGAGCAGCAGACAGCCUGCUGACUUCACUACGGACUCUGCCAUGCCACAUCAUCGGCUAUCUGAUAGCGCACUCUUUUGGCCGGAGGAUGCUGUACCCAGGCUCUGUGGGUCUGCUGCAGAAGGCUAUGAGGUCAAUGCUACAACAGGGGAGGGCUAAGCUAAUCGAGGAGUACGACGGUCAGAGAAACAAGCUGGUGGCAUGCGAUGGAAACCAAAUCGACACCGUUUUUGUGGAUCGGAGGAGAAACAAAAGUCAUGGGAAAACUCUGGUGAUCUGCUGUGAAGGGAACGCAGGUUUCUAUGAGGUUGGCUGCAUGAGCACUCCACUGGAUGGUGACUACUCCGUAUUAGGCUGGAAUCACCCGGGAUUCGCAGGCAGUACAGGUGUGCCGUUUCCUCAGAACGAGGCGAACGCAAUGGACGUAGUGAUCCAGUUUGCUGUGCACAAACUGGGCUUCCAGUUGAGUGACAUUAUUGUGUACGCCUGGUCAAUAGGAGGUUUUACAGCCACCUGGGCAGUGAUGUCAUACCCCGAGAUCCGUGCGCUGGUUUUGGACGCCUCAUUCGAUGACCUCCUGCCCCUGGCCUUAAAGGUCAUGCCCGACAGCUGGAGGCCGUUGGUGACCCACACAGUCCGGCAGUACAUGAACCUGAACAACGCCGAACAGCUUUGCAAGUACCAGGGACCAGUCCUGUUGAUCAGGAGAACCAAGGAUGAAAUCAUCACAACCACAGGACCAGAGGACAUCAUGUCCAACCGAGGAAAUGACUUACUGUUGAAAAUACUCCAGCACAGGUAUCCAAGUGUGAUGAAGGAGGACGGCAUCCGAGCAGUGAGAGAGUGGCUUGCAGCAGGUUCACAAGAAGAUGGAGAGUCUGUAUACACUGGGUAUCAGGUGGACGAUGACUGGUGUCUGUCUGUGCUGCAGACUUUUCAAACAGACACAGACGCUUCAUUCUUUGGUCAGGAGGAAAUGAAUCUCGAAGGCCGACCGCAGCUCGCUCUUUUUCUGGCUCGAAAGUACUUGAGGAAUUUCGAGACGACGCAUUGCACUCCUCUCCCCUUCUCGGAGUUUCAUGUUCCCUCGAAGCUCCAAGAAGCCAGCAAGAAAGAGAAAUAGAGACUGGAAUGGAGAGACUACACGAAGUGAAGCACUGAGAAACUGUGGAAUGUUAGUGUUAAACUUUGAAAUGUUCGAUUUAGGUUUUUUUUGUUUUUUUUUUGGACGUCUGCAUGUUUCUUUUGAAGAAUUUUGGACGUUUAAAUUUGGUGCUUCUAUAAGGCUUAAAAUAAACAAGCGUUUAAUGCAAACGUUCCUUCGGAAGGUACCGGGCCAAUCCCUUUUUUUACUUUUUAAUUUUUUUUGCUUCGUGUGUGUUUCUCUGUCCUCGGUUUUUGUGAGCAGUUUAUUAUUUAUGAGUCAUGGCCAAGCUGAAUAUUACUGUAUUAAAAAACCACCUAAUAAAGAUGAGGGCUGGUGUGAUUCCUGUAAAAACCAGCAGCCUGCUCGAUCCAACCCUCGAUGCAGUUUC